CAACUCUCGAUGUAGUUCUAUAAUUUGAUAUUCGAAAAUUCUACAUAAACAAAUUGACGUCAGAAACAAAAACUAUCAUAACAUAAGUUGUCUUUAUAAUUUUUAUCAUAUUCUGUAUAAACUCGAUUCUCAGAUUGGAAAAAUGGACGUGCUUAAAAUAGCUGUAUUUUUGUUCGUUUGUUAUAUCCAGCACACAGGGUGUCAGCAGCUGUCCUUCAGCAUCAGCUGUUUCGCCUGUGUCGGAAGCGAGUCGGAUGCCACUCUCUCCUACUGUCUGGACACCCCUGAAAUGUUCAACAAGACACUAUGUGCAGGGUCAUGUCAGACUGUGACUGCUUACCAGACUGGCCAGAUAGUGUCCAUAAACAGGAGAUGUUUGCCCACUUGUUCACAAACAGACACCCGCACCUCAAGAACCGGAACAGGUGUGUUGAUCGAGUGUUGUGCUGAAUCCCUCUGCAACAUGGCUGCGUCCUUGUGGAAAGCGGGAUCCCUCGUCAUACCCCUUCUACUGAGCUUCCUGAUCUUAUAACACCAACAAAACUAAUCACAAUGAUUAAUAAGUGUGCAUUUUGAAAUGAAAUAAUUAGAUUAAUAACAAAAAUUGUUUGUUGUUGUUGACCAGAUAGCCAA